AUGGAGCAGAUUGUCAACUAUUUAAAGGAGCUUCCAACCUUGACCGAAGGGGUCGUCAGCGGCAGCAGCAGUAGUGCUCCCGAGCAAAGCCCGAGCUUUUGGCCCAAGCAGCAGGCCAAUCAGCGGCCGCCCAAGCAGGUUUGCAUUGAAUCAAAUGUGAAAAAAGACAUUUUCUUGUAUUUUUAUUGUAUUGUUUUUUUGGGUUUUUCUAGUACCUCUCCUCAGCAUUUUAAGUCGGGGAGGCUGGCCCUGGGUCGGCCCGUUUGGGACUCUUUUGCGAAGAAGUUUGCUCGGGCCAGCGCAGGCUUCGAAUAGAAUUUCAAAGUUUUUACCAAAAAAUUAUUUUUUCAUGGUUUUUUUUUCAUGUGAAAAGAACCAAAACGUGAUUUUUGCCCUGAAAAAAUGUAUUAUAUUUGUCAAAAUUCUCAUUUUUCGGGCCUGACCGCCCGUUUUUCGCCUUUCUAAGACUGGGCUCUAGGUCCCAAGUAGCCUGCGCAGCUCGGGACUGCCCAGGCUUCGAAUUAAAUUCAGAAAUUUUUUUCAAAAAAAUAAUUUUUUUACUUCUUAAAUCAUGGUUUUUUUAAUGAUAAAAAAAAAACCAAAACGUGAUUUUUGUUCUGAAAAAAAGUUUAAUAUUUGUCAAGAUUUGCACUUUUUUUGGGCCCGACCGCCCGUUUUUUUGGCCUUCCUAAGGCUGGGCUUUAAAUCCCAAGUAACCUGCGCAGCUCGGGACUGCUCAGGCUUCACGUUAAAUUCUAAAAUUUCUCACCAAAAAACUAUUUUUAAUGGUUAAAUUAUGAUUUUUGUUGAAUUUUAAGGGAAAAAAUAACUAAAAACUCGAUAUUUGGCCAAAUUGGCACUCUUCGGGCCAGGCUGCCCGUUUUUGCUUGUGUCGGGCAAUUACGGGCUAGAAAAUGACUGGGAACUGACGGGCCAGCCCUCGCGCAAGCUUGGGCCUCACUGAGGCCGGCCCGAAGCAGGCUUCCGGGCCAGCCUGGGACAUUUUUUAUAGAAAGCAUAAUUUUUUUCAAAAUUUGGUCUGAAUUUAGGUGCGCGUCGACGGGGAAAUGUACGAGCAAUGGCCGGUGCUCGAGUUUUCCGACCUCAACUCGAGUAUUUUGGACCUUUUCACAAAGUUUGUCCAUCCUUUCUCAGCUUCCCAUGAAUAUCUAUUGAUUUUGAAAGGGGACCUUCGAAUUUUGAUCAAUUUUGAGACUUUUUUAAGCGAAAAUGUGAGUUUUCUGGUGUGAAUUUGACACGAAUGUCAAUUUUGAGCAUUUUUUAAGAUUAUUUUCAAGAAAUUCCUAUGAAGUUGGAGAUGGAAAGUUGAAAAAUUAUGUUCUAUCCGGAUUUUUGACCACUGAGCAAAGAAACCUUUGAAUUUUGAUCAAUUUUUAAAUUUUUCCGCACCAAAAUGUGAGUUUUCAAUGGUUUUGAAGGGGUGAACUCGACAAAAAUGUCAAUUUCGAGCAUUUUUUAAGAUUCGUUUCAAGAAAUUCCUAUGAAGUUGGAGGCGGAAAGUUAAAAAAUCACGUUCUAUCUGGAUUUUUGACCACUGAGCAAGGAAACCUUUGAAUUUUGAUCAAUUUUGAGAUUUUUUUGAGCGAAAAUGUGAGUUUUCUGGUGUGAAUUUGACAAAAAUGUCAAUUUUGAGCAUUUUUUAAGAUUCGUUUCAAGAAAUUCCUAUAAACUAUAAGACAAAAAAACAACGUUUUCUUUUAGAUUCUUAGCUUUUUGAAUGAGAAAAAAAUUAGCUCAAUUUUUUUCUUGAUUUCCAGCUUAUUGGCAUAGUUUUUCUCGAUAAAAUAAUGGUUUUUAGGGGCUCUGAAAUGUUUCUAACGUUUUUUUCCACUCAAAUGUUUAGAUUUAAGAAUUUUUUUUCCAUGAAUUCUCAUAAAUUUUAAGGUAAAAAGGUCAAAAAGAGCGUUUUAUCUGAAUUUUCCCCAGUUACCAAGGAAAAUCAGCUCAAUGUUCUUGAUUUUGAGGUUAUUGGCAAUAUUUUCAUGUUAAAAUAAUGGAUUUUAGGGGCUCUGAAAUGUUUCGAAACGAUUUUUCUUUCCAUGAUUUGCAAAAACUUCCGUUUUAUCUGGCUCUUUCGCUUCUAAAUAGAGAAAAAAAGUUAUUUUAGUGAUAAAAAUUGUGUUUUAUGGGUUUUGAAAUGUUUCAAGAGGUUUUUUUGAUUACUGAAGGCUCAUAUUUGAGAAUUAUUUUGUUUUCAAGAGAUUUCCAUGAAGUUCGAGCUACAUGAUUUUGAAAAAAAUAUGUUUUAUUUGAAUUUUCAGCUGGUCGAUAAGGAAUAUUAGCUCAAUUUUUCUGAUUUUGAGGUUUUUAGCAAGAUUUUCACGCAUAAAUAAUGGAUUUAAGGUUUUUGAAUGGUUUCGUUUGUGUUAAAAAGAGUAAAAUCACUGAAAAACGGGUUUUUUCCUUCAGAAAUCAACUAAACUCUCUCAACUAGGAAAAUCAGCUAAAUUUUGAGGUUUUGAGCAAGAUUUUCACGCAUAAAUAAUGGAUUUUAAGGUUUUUGAAUGGUUUCGUUUGUGUUGAAAAAGAGCAACAUUCGUGAAAAUCGGGUUUUUUUCUUCAGAGCCACCUCUCAAGGCGUCUCUUCGGCUCUUCUUUUCGAAUUAACCCGGUCAGAUUCCGAUGAAAAUGGGUCGAUUCGACUGAACAAUGAGGACCAUCUCAAGUGGUGUAUGCAGGUAUUUUUUUUCAAAUAAUUCAAAAAAAUAAGCUUUUUUUCUACAGAAACUUGUAAUUUUUUUCAAGUCUUAAUGAUUUUUUCCUUGAGUUUUUGGAAGUGUUGGUGUUUUUCUUGUAACUUUUUUUAAAGAAACUAUUUUAUUUUUCGUCGAAAACUUGCUGUAAAUCAUGUAUUUUACGAGAUUUUUUUCAAGUUAUUGUGACUUUUUUUCCAAAAAAAUUUUUUUGAAAAAUUCCUGGCUUUUUAUUUAUAUUUUUUUCAUGAUUCAAUAGUUCUUGGCAGCGAUUCCUUCUUAAAAAAACUUGAAAAAAAUCAUCUUUUUCCUGUAGAAUUUCGUGAUUUUCCAACUUUUAUUGGUUUUUUCGUUGAAUUUUCGGAGGUUUUAGUGUUUUUUUCCUAUCAUUUUUUUGAAGAAAAUAUUUUUUUCGUUGAAAAAAAUUGCUGUAAAUCAUGUAUUUUACGAGAUUUUUUUCGAGUUAAUGUGACUUUUUUUCUUGAAUUUUUUUGAAAUUUUUUUGCAUUUCUUAUUUAUUUUUUUCCAUGCUUGAUACAUUGUUGGAACUAUUUUCUUCUCGUAAAAAAAAUCAAAAAUUUUUUUCACUGGAAAAACUGUUGUAAAGAAUGGAUUUUUUUCAAGUUUGAAUAGUUUUUUUCGAAAAAUUUAAUAUUUUUUUUGGAUUUUUUUCUAAGGUUUGAUAGUUUUUUUGAAAGCAUUUUCUUUCUAUAAAAAUUUGAAAAAAAUCAUCUUUUUUUCCUGUAGAAACUUGUUGUAAAUGAUAGAUUUUUACGAGAUUUUUUUCAAGUUCAUAUGAAUUUUUUUGCUUGAUAUUUUUGAAAUUUCUGAAUUUUUUUAAGUAUUUUUUUCAUGGUUUAAUUAGUUUUUAACAGUAUCUCCUUCUCAUAAAAACUUCAAAAAAAUCAUCUUUUUCCUGUAGAAUUUUGUGAUUUUUUUCAAGUUUUUUUCUCGAAACUUUAGUUUUUUUUCCGGGGGUUUUUACAAGUAUUUUUUUGAAGCUUGAUAACUAUUGAAAAUAUUUUUCUACUAUUGAAAAUUCAAAAAAAUCAAUAUUUUGAGGUGCUGAACCACGCCCUGACGUUGUCCUUCUCCACUACGAGGGAGUAUGAAACGCUUAAAGGUAUUUUUUUCUUGGUUUAAUCCCAAAAAUUAAACCUUCCAGGAGCCGUCAGGAUUUAUCUCCACUGGCUCAGGGCUCUCUGUGACACGCCGGACAAUACGAUCCCGACUCCUCUUUUGGAAACUCCCGAGAAGUAUUUUAGGUACGAGGAAACGGGGAAAAAAUCCUUAGGGACGCCAGAGUGGUCACUUUAGGGGCUCUUGUAGGUCUCCCUCAGGGGGUACCUUAAAUCUACUCAUAGGGGUACUAAAUCUAGCAGAAGUGGCCAUUUUGGGGGAGUAGGCUAGUGGUUAUAUCCAUUUAUAGGCCACUAAAGCUUAAAAAAGUGGCCACUCUAGGGUUUUUAGUUAGUGGCGGUAUUCUAGGUACGAGAAAACGGGAGGAAAAUGAGUGAAAUGGCCGAAAAAGAAACAGAAGAGUUCUUAGGGAAACCAGAGUGGUCACUUUAGGGGCUCUUGUAGGUUCCCCUCAAGGGCUACCUUAAAUCUACUCAUAGGGGUACUAAAUCCAGCAGAAGUGGCCAUUUUGGGGGAGUAGGCUAGUGGUUACAUCCAUCUAUAGGGCACUGAAGCUUACAAAAGGGACCACUCUAGGGUUUUUAGUUAGUGGCAGUAUUUUAGGUACGAGAAAACGGGAGAAAAAUGAGUGAAAUGGCCGAAAAACAGCAACAAAAGUAUUUAGGGACGCCAGAGUGGUCACUUUAGGGGCUCUCAUAGGUUCCCCUCAAGGGGUACCUUAGUUAUACCUAAAUCUAGCAGAAGUGGCCACUUUAGGAGUGUAGGCUAGUGGUUACAGCCAUCAACAGGGGCACUGAAGCUUACAGAAGUGACCACUCUAGGGUUUUAGUUAGUGGCGGUAUUUUCGGUACAAGAAAACCGGGAAAAAAAAAAUGAAAAAUGGUCAAAAAAGCAACAAAUGAGUCCUUAGGGACGCCAGAGUGGUAACUUUAGGUGUUCUUGUAGGUUCCCCUUAAGGGCUACCUUAAAUCUACUCAUAAGGGUACUGAAUCUCGCAAAAGUGGCCACUCCAAGGGUGUAGGCUAGUGGUUAUAUCCAUCUUUAAGGGCACUGAAGCUUAUGAAAGUGGCCACUCCAGGGUUUCGGUUAGUAGCCACUUUAGGGACACAUGCCAGGUUUUUUAUCACACAAGUCACAGCAAAAAGUUAAGAGAUCACUAUAGGGACUACUUAAGAUUUAUGGGCUUAUGGGUCAGGCUCCUAGAAGGACAAUUUUUGGCUACUUUAGAGACUUUUUUCCCUAACCCUUCUAGUGGGUGCUGAGUCAAGCGAAAAAGACUUUACAUAAAGGUGAAUUUUUUUGGAGGGGGGCUUUGGGAAUUUCAAAAAAGUUUCUUCCAGGCUACUCAUCGGGAAAUUCAGAUAAAAUAUCAACUUCCAGAAACAUAAUCGAUGCGAUGAGAUGGAUUUUCUGCCGUCGCGACGAUGAUCCGGAAAUUUCAGCCUUGACGUCGUCUUCGGCCACGCAGGUAGGAAAUUUUCUGUCUUCCUUGUAUUUUCAUAGGAAAUUAUUAUUUCGAUUUUUUUCUUCGAAAAAAAUUCCUUAAACUAUUUCACUUUCCCCUACCUGAAAAAGUGAGCAUUGUAGGAAAAAGGAAAAACAUGGUUUUUUUCUCUGAAAAAGUCAGGAAAAUUAGGGUUUUAUCACUUUUUCCAUGUUUUUCCGGAUAUUUUUCUAGUUUUAUAAUUAAAAACUAGCCUUAUAAGACGCUAAUAAGCUGAAAUUUUUCUCUCAAAAUUCCUGAAAACCUUGAAAAUAUCCUAUUUUUAGGUUCCUCGAAGCCUCGCCGUGGAGCGACAGUCGAUAGAAAUUGACAUCGUUUUGGAUGCCCUGCGCGGCUUGACCCAGAACUCGAGUAGAAAAUAUCAAGAUGAGGUAGAAGCUUAAAAAAUGAAAACUGAUCCUUAAAAAAAUUAUAUUUUAGGUCUGGUCGAGAUCCCUCAGUUUUUUUGCUCAACUCGACGGAUUUAUUGCUUGCCGAGCCGAAUGCUACAGGUAUAAAUUUAAAAAAAUACUUUGAAGGAUUCAGGACCUACAUAUUUUUUUAAAUAAUUAUGAGUUUUCGCUCCAUUUUUCAACUUGAGAGCAUGAAAAGUGAUACUCGAAAUUUUUUUCUGGAAGUUUAAAUUUGGACGCUCGAAAAUUGUUUUUAAUCCCGAUUAAAUGAAUGGAGAGAAAGAUUAGAAUUAUAUGGUGCACCCUCCCGACUUUUUGGCGCACCCUCCCGACUUUUUGGCGCACCCUCCCUUCUUUUUGGCGCGUCCUCCCUUCUUUUUGGCGCGUCCUCCCUUCUUUUUGGCGCGCCCUCCCGUCUUUUAAGCGCACCCUCCCGUCUUUUAGCGCACCGUCCAGACUUUUUAGCGCACCCUCCCGGAUUUUAGCGCACCCUCCCGUCUUUUUGGCGCACCCUCUCAUUUUUUUUUUGGCACAAUCUCCCGUAUUUUCGGCGCACCCUCCCUUCUUUUUGGCGCGUCCUCCCUUCUUUUUGGCGCGCCCUCCCGUCUUUUAAGCGCACCCUCCCGUCUUUUAGCGCACCGUCCAGACUUUUUAGCGCACCCUCUCGGAUUUUAGCGCACCCUCCCGUCUUUUUGGCGCACCCUCUCAUUUUUGGCACAAUCUCCCGUAUUUUCGGCGCACCCUCCCUUCUUUUUGGCGCGUCCUCCCUUCUUUUUGGCGCGCCCUCCCGUCUUUUAAGCGCACCCUCCCGUCUUUUUAGCGCACCGUCCAGACUUUUUUUAGCGCACCCUCCCGGAUUUUAGCGCACCCUCCCGUCUUUUUGGCGCACCCUCUCAUUUUUGGCACAAUCUCCCGUAUUUUCGGCGCUCCCUCCCUUCUUUUUGGCGCGUCCUCCCUUCUUUUUGGCGCACCCUCCCGUCUUUUAGCGCACCGUCCAGACUUUUUAGCGCACCCUCCCGGAUUUUAGCGCACCCUCCCGGCUUUUAGCGCACCCUCCCGUCUUUUUGGCGCUCCCUCCCGUCUUUUUGGCGCACCCUCCCGUCUUUUUGGCGCGUCCUCCCUUCUUUUUGGCGCGCCCUCCCGUCUUUUAAGCGCACCCUCCCGUCUUUUAGCGCACCGUCCAGACUUUUUAGCGCACCCUCCCGGAUUUUAGCGCACCCUCCCGUCUUUUUGGCGCACUCUCCCGUCUUUUUGGCGCACCCUCCCGUCUUUUUGGCGCACCCUCCUGAAAAAAAUUUUAAAAUUGAAUUUUUCAAUCUGUUUUUUUAAUGGUACUAUAAAUUGAAAAUAAUUAGAUUUCAGGUCUUCCAAAAGUUAAAAACUUGGGGGAGUGUUAAAAAGUGGUAUCAGCCAGACUAUGAUAAAAAAAUUUCAAGAAUAAUAAAAAUUUUUUUAGAAGAAAUGGGCAUGCGGAUCUGCUGUCGAGUGCUCGACACCCUGUUCGAACUGUGGCUCGAGGCCGUUCUGAACGAGCAUUUGCCUUCGAUGGCCUACUGGAGCACCCUGGCCGCCUUGACCAGAAGAUGGAGACAUAAUGUUGGUUUUGGAAGAAAAUAAAUUAUCAAAAAUGAAACUAUAACGGAUGUAGUCCACUAGCCACGUCUAGAAACAAUUCCGACCUGUCUGCGCUCUCUUUUCUCUCACCGGCAAGGUCGGAAAAACAUGAGAGAGCGCAGAGAAGCCAAAAAAUUUAGAAAGGCGGGAUGAAUUGAAAAUUCGAGGCUUUAUUUUUGAUAAUUGUUUUCCUUUUGCAAAUGAUGCUAAGAAAGUGAAAAAAAUAAAACGAAAAAUUGAAAAAAAAAUAAGUAAAGAGAGGAGAACUUUUCGACAAAUUUGAAGAAAAGGAGAAUAUUUUCAACCCCGGAAAAUUCAGGUUUCCCUCAUCGAAUGCUGGGCUAAAAAAAUCCUAUCCUUCACGGUUUUAGUGUGCAAACGGAUGUACGGCGACGACUACUUGAGGAUUUCCAUAAGUUGGUUUUUUUUUUUGUCUUUACGAGAUUUUUUUCGUCAAGAUCCUAGGAUUUUUUUCGUUGAGAUUUUGUAAAAAAAUUUCAUAAGUUGUUUUUUUCCGACAGUUUUUUUGAAUUGGAAUGAACUUUUUUUCACUCUGAAAAAGAAAUGAAAGUUGAAAAAAACGGGUUUUUCAGUUUUUGAGGUUUUUUUCGUAAAGAUUUUGUCAAGAUCUCAAAAAGUUUUUUUGUAAGUUUCAAGGUUUAAUAAUUUUUUCUCUAUUUUUUUGGAUUCUGGGAUUCUACGUCGAAAUGUUACACUUUUACAGCAAUUUCCCUUAUAUUUAAAUUGAAAAAAACAUUUUUUUAGUUCGAAAAAAACAGUUUUUUUCAAUUUACAGCCAUUUUUUCUAAUCUUUGAAUUGAACAGAACGUUUUUUUAAUUGAAAAAAAGAGUUGAAAGUUGAAAAAUUCUUUUUUUAAGACUUCGAGGUUGUUCUUCAAAAAAAUUAAAAGUUAUGUGUUUACAACUUUUUUUCAAUUAUUCAUUUGAAAAAGAACAUUUUAAGUUUGAAAAAUUUUAAAUUAGAAAAAAAUUGUAGCCGACGAAUCGGUUGUCCCUGUUUGGCAACGUUCCAACUCUGGACGACGAGGACGAAAAUGAAGUUCAUCUUUUGUACAGAACUUGGUGAGUUUUAAUCGGAUUGCUCAAGUUUUAAUGAAGGAAAUUGUUAAAAAAAUUUUUUUUUGUUUAUUUUCGGGUAAAAUCCUUCAUAUCAUAAUUUCAGGUACAAUUUAUUGUGUCUUUUGGAUUCACCGUCUCGAAUUUUGUCCCACGACGCUACCAGGAACAACAGGCUGAGUAA